UUCCGGAUCGGCUGGGCCUGUGCCAGGAGCAGAGCCACCCGGUCUCCGUUUGUUUGGGGAUGCUGGAUUCUUCCGGAACCGCCAGCGAUUAGCGCCACGCCCUCAGCUCCGGAACUGCUCUGAGUGCAGUUACAGACAGAGCGCUUUAACCGGAUGCGAGAGGAGAGGAAGCUGGCGCGUAGUGGGACUGUGGAAUGCCCCUGGAUGGGUGCUUGUGUGGAGCAAGGCAGAAUUAGGAAGCCGGGUCCCAUCUGGGCUCCUGGGAAAUCAGCAAAAUAGUCAAGAGAAAGCCCUGCUCUCAUCAGACGACGCGUGGUGUGCGGAGGCAUCUCCUAGUCCAGGGCCUAAGCAGAAUUGAGGGAGCACAGCCGGCUGAUUCUCAGAGGCACCAGCAUCCCUGCGACUGACAGCGCUGCCAGGGCCGGUCUUCAGGAUCAUGGAGCCUCCUGGAGAGAAGCCAGGAGACGCCUCCGAGGAACUGAGUAUCACACCCCAGCUGCUCAAGUCCCACUCUGGAGAGUUUGCCCUGGAUUCCAUCCUGUUGCUGAAACUUCGGGGUUUAGGGGUGGUGGACCUGGGUUGUUUGGGGGAGUGCCUGAACCUUGAGUGGCUUGACCUAUCAGGCAAUGCGCUUACCCACCUGGGCCCACUGGCCUCCCUGCGCCAGCUGGCUGUGCUCAACGUCUCUAAUAAUCGGCUGACAGGGCUGGAGCCGCUAGCAGCCUGUGAGAACCUGCAGAGCCUCAACGCCGCUGGUAACCUGCUGAGCACUCCUGGCCAGCUGCAGUGUCUGGCUGGGCUGCAGGGCCUGGAGCACCUGAGGCUCCGGGACCCUUUGGCCCGGCUCAGCAACCCGCUAUGUGCAAAUCCGUCCUACUGGGCUGUGGUCCGAGAGCUACUGCCUGGCCUCAGAGUCAUAGACGGGGAACGUGUGAGUGGGCGGGGCAGUGAGCUGUACCAGCUAUGCCGAGACCUGGACAGUUCCUUGCGCUCCAGCCCCAGCCCGGGGCCCAGAGCCAUCGAGGCCCAGCCAUGGGUAGAGCCCGGCUACUGGGAGUCCUGGCCCAUCCGGAGCAGCUCCAUUCUGGAGGAGGCCUGCCGGCAGUUCCAGGACACACUGCAGGAAUGCCAUGACUUGGAUCAGCAGGCCGGUGACAGCUUGGCCCAGGCCCAGCAGGCUCUUAGCCCUGCAGGAACCACAACUUCCUUUGUCUUCUGAAUGCAACUCAGAGCCACGGUAGUCUGAUGGUAGACAUUCCUUCCCUGCCCCGUGCCCUUGCCGCUCCGUUUGUUUAUCUUUUCUGGUCACUGAUCCUGCAAACUAGGUUGUUCAUUCAUCCCUUUCUUGAGAGCGUGCGAGUGUCCUAACGCCUACGUCUCCCUAAGGAUGUUUCAUGGCCCCCUUCCACAGCCACAGGGACACACUUUCCAGGUCACCUCUAGAAGGUAAAGGAGAUCUCCUCACUGGCAAAUACGCAUUGCGGCCAGGCUCUGGGCCCCUCCUCCCAUCCCAACGCAAGGCUUUGUGGGUAAGGCUCCUUGCCUCCUGCUAACACUUAUUAAAUAGUCCUGUCCUUGUGUA